UUAAAACGAGUUUAUUUGGUUAUAUGUUUUAUAUUAAAAAAACCUGCGGAAUCGCGCUGAAAACACAGCGCUGUUCGGGUGUAUGAUUUAACCAUUUAAAAAAAAGGAAAAACACCCACACAGAGACUUCCUGAUUUUAGGAGCCUGUUAAAGCUUAUUUAUUUGGGUUGGUUUCUGAGUUGCUCCUGUUCGAUUUCCUGAUUUGCCAUUGGCUGGAUUUUUAUUGUUGAGGUGUAAAUCUGAGAAAAUAUACCAGACAAGGAAGUACCAAGCGGAUCUCUAUUUGGGAGGCUUCAGCGCUCAGGCAAGCUGCAUUACCGAGGUGAAUCGCGCGCGAUCUGGGCCGAACCGGGGCGACCCGCGCCUGCCUCUAGCAUGAUGUCAUACCUCAAACAGCCCCCUUACGCCAUGAACGGCCUGGGGCUGAGCGGAGCCGCCAUGGACCUGCUGCAUCCUUCCGUCGGCUAUCCAGCAACUCCACGGAAGCAGCGAAGAGAGAGAACCACCUUCACUCGCUCACAACUUGACGUUCUUGAAGCGCUUUUCGCCAAAACUCGUUACCCGGAUAUUUUCAUGCGAGAGGAAGUGGCUCUAAAAAUUAACUUGCCAGAAUCUAGAGUGCAGGUGUGGUUUAAGAACCGUCGGGCAAAGUGUCGCCAGCAGCAGCAGAGUGGCAGCAGCAGCACAAAAGCUCGGCCAGUGAAGAAAAAAUCUUCUCCCACUAGAGAAAGCACGGGCUCUGAGAGCAGCGGGCAGUUCACACCACCGGCCGUCUCCAGCACUGGCUCUGCUUCCUCUUCCACCUCUUCCUCUUCCUCAUCCUCAACCAACAACAGCAUGUCUACCUCAAUUGGCACGGUCUCAUCCAUCUGGAGUCCAGCCAUGUCUCCAGGUUCAGCACCUCCCUCCUCGUCUCUCUCAGAGCCUGUUCCACCCUCCAGCGCCUCCUGCAUGCAGCGCUCCAUCUCUGGUUCAGCUUCUUCUGCCUCCUCUUCCUCUUACCCCAUGUCUUACAACCAAACGGCAGCAUAUGGCCAAAGCUACCCCACACCAUCUGGAUCCUACUUUAGCGGUGUGGACUGCAGCUCCUACCUGACACCCAUGCAUUCGCAUCACCACCCGCACCAGCUGAGCCCCAUGACACCAUCAUCCAUGCCCACGCACCCACACCACCACAUUAGCCAAUCUUCAGGUCACCACCAUCACCACCACCACCACCAUCACCAGGCAUACAGCGGCGCCGGCCUGACCUUCAACUCCUCUGACUGCCUGGAUUACAAGGAGCAAACACCAUCCUCUUGGAAGCUCAACUUUAACACUGCAGACUGUUUGGACUACAAAGACCAGGCAUCCUGGAGGUUCCAAGUCUUGUGAUCUGGUGGUGGUUAUUGUAACUUUUUUUUUUUUCUCUCCCCUUCACUUUUUCUCUACCUUUCAGUCACCCAAUCACAUACUUCACUCUCACUGUUUUUAAUAGUGUGCUGAGUUUCUAAAUAUAAAUAUAUUGAAGAAAAAAAAGUUAUACGGACUGACAGAGUUAACAAAAUAGAUGUUCAGCAUCACUUUUUUUUUUUUUUUUUAUAAAAAAGGAAAAGUCCAGUGUUUGGAGAAAAAGGAGAAACAUGCGACCACGUGGAAGAGAUUUUCUUUUUCGCCAAAACGAUACAUUUUUCAUAUAAAGAUUUACAGACGGUUUAAGAAACCCGACAUCAUCAUCAUCAUCUCACCAAAUCCCCUCUUCAGCUUUGGAGUAAAAUAAACAUUACACGUUGCGCAAGACUGUGAACUCUGUACAGCUUUUCUUUUUUUUUCUUUUUUUCUUAAAUCGAUUAUUUUUAGGCUGCGAGAGAUUUUUGUGUUUUUAAUCAGCUUGAGCAGAGCUGAAUCCUGUACAUAGGUAUAUGGGUCCGUUCCAGUGACCAUUUUAGCUGGCGUUGACGGAAUCUGAGAUGGUUUAAUACUUUGUUUUUUGCAUUUUUAUUUUUCCCCCCCUUCCCAGUUUUCCCCCCAGAAAUGAAGAAUUUUCCCGCUGCCGGACUCGUAGCUGUCUGAUCUGCCGAUCAUGUCGGUUUGGUAAUGCUUGAGAGGAAAACGAGAUUUUUAUAAGCAAGGCACUACAUGUGUGUAAGGGGAAAAUAAAAUGUAAAGGAGAAAAAAAAAAAACACAAGACAUCGAUUUAGAAUAGGUGAAUUCGGGUCACAUUUUGUUCCAGUUAAUCGGAAUUUUAUUCCGUUAAAAAUUCGGCAGCAGAAACUGGAUGAUCAUGAUUAGAGGAAGUUCUUCACCGGGCAGCGCAGAAGUCGGACACAUUUACAAAGCACUUGAUGGACUUUUCCCGACUUCAGAAGAGAAAAUGUGGACUUUUAAGGAACAUUUCCCCCCAAGAUGCCAGUGAGAUGUUGAAUGUAUUUCAGGCGCAGGCCAUUACAUUCCUGUCCGUAAUAAUAAUGAAAAUAAUAAAGAACGGUUAACUACCAGCUUCUUUACACUGUG